GGGCGCUGCACAACUCGAGCUUUUGCUCGCAAUUUUUCCAAGCAGAUUUUGAAGUGUGAUUUCAAUAAAAGCAAAGAUCGAAAAGGAAGGAUGGCGUUUGCAGCUCCUUCACCAAGUUUCUUUAAAGAUUCUAGACCUAGCCCUUUGUGGAGUGGUGGGCCUGCUCCAGGUUGUCUUCAUGAGUUUCCCAUGAGAACUGCGGCCGACCAGGGUCGACAACAUACGACUCAGCCCAUCACAACAGGAACGUCAGUGCUCGGCAUACGGUUCAAUGGUGGUGUGAUGAUAGCUGCAGACACCUUGGGUUCCUAUGGCAGUCUGUCAAGGUUCCGCAGUGUGUCGCGUGUGAUCCCGCUCACCAAGGAGUGUGUCAUGGGUUGCAGCGGUGACAUUGCCGACAUGCAGGAGCUGAAGAGCGUCCUCGAGUCCUGGAUUAUUUUGGAUGAGUCGAUGCAGUAUCCGUACAAGGACAGUGCCCACGGUCUCUUCUCCGUUCUCACCCGCGUCAUGUACCACAGGCGGUCUCAGAUGAACCCCUACUGGAACCAUCUUGUGAUUGCUGGUGUCGAUGAUGGUGAAUUUCUACUUGGAGUGGUGGACAAGCUGGGAGUAGCGUAUCAAGCACCGGUAGUUGGUACUGGCUAUGGAGCUCACUUGGCACUGCCUCUCAUGAGAUCUGAACUCGAGAAGACUCCAGGUGGUCUCAGCAAAGAGCAGGCUCGUAACUUGCUGGUGCGCUGCAUGCGACUUCUCUUCUAUCGUGACUGCCGGGCAUCCAGCAAGUUUGAGAUUGCCACAGUCACUGCAGAGGGUCAAGAGAUUGAGGGACCGCUAACGCUGGACACGGAUUGGUCUAUUGCACAUAUGGUCCAGGGAUUCGAAUAAAGAAAGUUGCGUGUACGGUGCUGCUGCCUCUUGUUUUUUAAUUGCAUUGCUGCUGAUGAUGAUGAUGAUGAUGCUAUUUUUUUGUCAUGACCAAUCCUAUAUUCAAACUGUUUGCACAAACUUUACUGUACAUAGUCUAUGGUUGCUGUGUUCUUUCCAGUUCAUUGCUCAGUUUUAAAACUCCUUUCUUCACAUUCCCACACGCACACAUACUUUAUGUGCAUGCUAGCGCAUUCAUCUGAGAAUGUUCAUUAUAAUGGCCAACAUUGCACCUAGUCCUGUAUAGACGCCACGUCAUGCGUUCUGGAGACAAAUGAAUAUUGAUUCCAAUGUUGUCAUUCCUUCA